UCUGCCUUUAGACCAGCAUAAGAAUGGAUCAGUCUCAGCCCUUUUCAGAAACCCGAGUGUCUGCUUUUCUCUUGCCAGUGAACUUUAAGAGUAACGCAUUUACUUUAAAAAACAGACUGACACGUUACAGAAAGAGGGGAACAUGGGGACAGAUUUAACUUACAACUUUGUCUUCAAAGUGGUCUUAAUUGGAGAAUCAGGGGUUGGAAAGAGCAACCUGCUGUCAAGAUUUACUAAAAAUGAGUUCAAUCAUGACAGCCGCACAACCAUUGGGGUGGAAUUCAGCACUCGGUCCAUUCAAGUGGAUACUAUUACCAUCAAGGCCCAGAUCUGGGACACGGCUGGUCUAGAGCGCUACAGGGCCAUUACCUCAGCGUAUUAUAGGGGAGCAGUUGGUGCCCUGCUUGUUUAUGACAUCACCAAACAGCUAACGUAUGAAAAUGUUGAGCGAUGGCUGAAAGAACUCUAUGACCAUGCAGAUCCACAUAUUGUGGUCAUGCUUGUGGGAAAUAAAAGUGACCUGGAGACUCUACGCACUGUACCAAGAGAGGAGGCCAAGGACUUUGCAGAGGCCAGAGACUUACUUUUCAUUGAGACGUCAGCACUGGAAUCAACUAAUGUUGAAUCUGCCUUCCUUGAAGUUCUAACAGCAAUCCACAAGAAGGUUGCAAGUCGAGAGGUGACUCGAGGCUCUUUAAGUGCUGUGACUCUGGGUCACAGCGGCCCCACCAGUAAGUUUCAAGAGGAGAAAAAGACCUGCUGUUAGAACUCAUGAACGCACGAAUGAACAUCUAUGCGGUCACUAAACCAUCAAAAGCAGAACAAAGACAUUAACCUUCGAAAUGAUUCACAUCUCAUACCUGCACUGAUGCAUUUCUUCAGACUCAACCCUCAUUGGAUGUCAUAUCAGUGAGAGAAAGGGUCAAAGUUUUCAGGGUUAUUGUGUUUUGUGGCUUGUUUUUUACUUUUAGAAGAUGUAAACAAUUGGCACUAAUGGUGUGUUUUUUAGACUGUUAAUUAUGCUUGGACUGUACAAUGGUAUUUCAUUUUUGGAAAGAACUACAAAGGUGUUACGUUUACUGCAAAAUAAAAUUAUUUAUUUGGUAUUGAAAUUAACACAAAUCUUUUUGCUCCUAUUAAAAUUUAUUUCUUAAAAUCUUUCUUCUGCUGAACACAAACAAAGAUUUUUUUUUUUUGGGGGGGAUUUUUCCCCUUUUUCUCCCAAUUUGGAAUGCCCAAUUCCCAAUGCGCUCUAAGUCCUCGUGGUCGCAUAGUGAUUCGCUUCAGUCCAGGUGGCGGAGGUCGAAUCCCAGCUGCCUCCGUGUCCGAGACAGUCAACCCGCGCAUCUUAUCACAUGGCUUGUUGAGCGCGUUGCCACGGAGACAUAGCGCGUGGAGGCUUCACGCCAUCCACCGCGGCAACCACACUCAAUUCACCAUGCGCCCCACCGAGAACAAACCACAUUAUAGCGACCACGAGGAGGUUACCCCAUGUGACUCUACCCUCCCUAGCAACCGGGCCAAUUUGGUUGCUUAGGAGACCUGGCUGGAGUCACUCAGCACGCCCUGGGAUUCGAACUAGCGAACUCCAGGUGUGGUAGCCAGCGUAUUUUACCACUGAGCUACCCAGGCCCCUAACAAACAAAGAUUUUUGAAAGAAUGUCUCAGCUCUGUAGGUCCAUUUUUGAUCCAUUAUUGAUCCGUUUAUCACCUACGCUUAUAUCGCUUCAUAUAUAAACCACUGGAGUCUGAUGGAUUACUUUUAUGCUGCCUACAUGUGCUUUUUGGACCUUCAAAUUUCUGGCCACCAUUCUUUUGCAUUGUAUGGACCUACAGAGCUGAUAUAUUCUUCUAAAAAUCUUCAUUUGUGUUCAGCAGAAGAAAGAAAGACAUACACAUCUGGGAUGGCGA